AUGGAAGAAGAAGGAUUAUCUAAUAUACCAAAUCUGCAAAUCGCCAGACUGAAGUUUUUAUGCACAAUGCCGGAAUAUGAUAUGAAUCAGAAGGGCCAAGCUAAAGAACAAUUAAUGAAGAACAUAGAAGCUGCCAAUAUGGCCCCUUUCUAUCAGGAGAUUUGCAGAGAAAUGAAAUGGGAAGUUGAUGAUAAGCUCCUUAACAAAAUGAAACUCACUAACCAAGCAGAAUUGAAGAGACUUAGUGAUGCCCUUGAAGAUGCGGAAAAAAAUCGUGGGGAGUCUGAAGUACGCGAUAUCAUGCUGGAAAAAGCGGAAUACUUAUCUAAAAUUGGUGAUAAGGAUGGUAGCUUGAUUGCGCUUAGGCAAACUUACGAUAAAACCAUGGCCCUCGGUCAAAAAAUGGACAUCAUUUUUCAUUUAAUUCGAAUUGGUUUUUUUUACACGGAUCAUGAUCUGAUUAAACGUAAUAUUCAGAAAGCUGAAAGUUUACUUGAUGAAGGAGGCGAUUGGGAUCGUCGGAAUCGUUUGAAAGUUUAUCGGGGUCUUUACGCACUGGCAAUUAGAGAUUUCAAAACGACUGCCACAUCGUUUUUGGACACGAUUUCAACGUUUACUUCUUAUGAGUUAAUGGACUACAAGCAAUUUGUAAUAUAUACUGUCGUUGCAUCAAUGAUUUCAUUGGAACGUGUGGACUUGAAAGAUAAGGUCGUAAAUGGUUCCGAGAUUUUAGAAGUGUUACAUGAACUACCCAAGAUUAAAAGUUUUCUUAAUUCAUUGUAUUACUGCAACUAUGACCAGUUUUUUGUAGCUCUUGGUGACAUUGAGCAGAUAAUGAAAUUCGAUAGAUAUACGUAUCUGCAUUAUCGCUAUUACGUGAAUGAAAUGAAAAUCAGAGUUUACAAGCAGUUACUACAAUCAUAUAAGAGCCUAACACUGCAGUAUAUGGCUAAUGCGUUUGGAGUUUCAACCGAAUAUAUCGAUAAGGAAUUAUCUCGCUUAAUUGCAGCUGAGCGCCUUAAUUGCAAGAUUAAUAAAGUUAUGGGUUUCGUUGAAACGAACAGACCUGACAGUAAGAAUCGCCAAUAUCAGGCUAUUGUUAAACAUGGAGAUGCACUAUUGAAUAGGAUGCAGAAACUAAGUCGUAUUAUAAACGUUUAA